AUGGCUGUUACCUUUGCAGCGAGCAUGUGUUCCAUCACAAAUUCUAAAAAACCUCAAGAGAUCAAAAGAUUUGACAUUGAAGAUAAACUGCAAUCCAAGUCUAAUAUUGCACGGGUUUCGAGCCGCAGGCACAUUUCGAUCAAUGUUGGCGCUUCAUUGGUUGCGAUAACAUGUUAUGGUUUAUCACCGUUAGUGAUAUGGGCUGAAGAGAAGUCAGAUGACAAAGAGGAGAAUGAUAAUGGUGUUAUUGGGGCCAUCAAAUCGUUGUUUGACCCCAAUGAGAAGACAAAGUCGGGAAAGGUUUUGCCAAAGGCUUACAUAAAGUCAGCAAAAGAAGUGGUGAAAACACUGCGUGAAUCUUUAAAUGAAGUCCUUGAUGAUAAUGCCAAGUUUAGACGAACUGCAGAUGCGGCAAAGGAGUCUAUUAACGAGUAUCUUGGUAGUUGGAGGGGAAACCAGACUCUUGCGCAAGAAGAAUCAUAUGUUGCUUUGGUAAAAGCAGUAAGAUCUUUGGCAAACUUUUACUCAAGGGCAGGGCCAUCAGCCUCAUUGCCGGAAGAAGUGAAGUCUGAAAUAUUAGAUUAUCUGAAUACUGCGGAAGAUUCUUUGUAG